AUGCUAGCAAAUGGCUUCUGGGUAGUAAACCCUCUCUUCAACUUAGGAUUCAGUCAUUGGUUCUUGCAGAUGAAGAUAUUGAGUGUUUUGGUGACCAACAAUGUCUUCAAUAGGGUGAUUGCUUUGAGAGCAUAUGGUAGAGAUAGCGACAUCAUUUGUGGAAUUUAG